AUUAUCGUCGGAAUUAUUAAACCUGAAAAGCAAGGUCUGACAAUGCGGGCGGUGAGAGUUUUUGCAUUAAUUUUAUCGGUAGUCCUGUCGGUGUGUUCUCAGGAAGCAGAAAAUGAAGAGAAUUUGACUCGCAUCCGUCGCCAAGCCAGUGGUACCAACGGAAAUUCAAAAUAUACCGUAAAUAUCAAUGGAGGCAAAUUAACACUUCAACCGAUCAGGAAUCGCGCUGAUGGAAGCAUCACUAUUCCGAUUGAGUGGUCCAACAUAAUUCCUCCCCAAACACUAACUUGCAGCAAUAACAACAGCACUAUGGGAAGUUCUGGGACCGCAACUAUCGAACUCACUCCUGCACAGAGAAAAAAGAUAACAAAUGAACUAAAACGGCUUUUAAACAAACGAAAUGGAAAUAAUGUGGUCUAUAUGGGGAACCGUGUUAACCUUGGAAGGGGUAGAAAUCGGAAUAACCGUAUUCGGUGGGUAAAUAGAGGAAUUCGGUUGAACCGCAGAAAUAGACGGGCACGCUGGGUUUUGCUAGCUAACUAAGCACGGACUUUUACUAAAUUUUGAUCUUGAAUAAAUUGCUUCUAACUGCAAAGAA